AUGGCGAUCAAAAAUUUCACAGCCGAAAAAGAUAGACCAUGGUAUGAAAAUCGGUACUGCUCUGUAGAUGUUUCUGGCUCGAUACACUUCCAGUUAACGUGUUUUUCGGUGGUCAACAUAUUUUUAUCCGUUUCGGCUCUUCUAGGGAAUAGCAUGAUCUUGGUUUCUCUUCAAAAGGUAUUUUGCUUUCAUCCGCCAUCUAAAGUCCUAUUACGUUGUCUGGCAAUAACAGAUCUUUGUGUUGGUAUGAUAGCGCAGCCUCUCUUUGUGACCUACUUGUUAUCUGCAGUGAAUGAACACUGGGACACUUGUCAAUAUGCUUCUGCUGCUAUAACUGUAGCUGGGUACACGUUAAGCGGAGUAUCUUUGUUGACGCUGACUGCAAUAACCACGGACAGGCUUCUCGCGUUGCUUUUGGGCUUGAGAUACAGACAAGUUGUAACGCUGAAAAGAACAUAUCUUAUUGUAACUAUAUUUUGUCUCGUGUCCUUUUUCGUCGGAGCAACCUACUUUUGGAAUUCAGUCUUGACAUUAUGGGCCAGCUCCACAACCGCAUUAUUAUGUCUGGUACUCUCGGGCACCUUUUACUCGAAAAUAUUCCUUGCACUCCGACAUCAUCGAACUCAAGUGGAACAAACUGCUCGUCAAUCGAGCUUAACAAUCCCACAGAACGUAGUUAAGUAUCGGAAGACCCUGUCUGGUAUAAUUUGGGUGCAGUUGACUUUAACAGUUUGCUAUAUACCGUACGUGGUGUGGGCAACCUUCUUCCUAAAGGAUGAGAAGCUAUCUCCAUCUGUCGUCUUGAGCAAAUAUUUUUCACUAACUCUGGUUUUCUUAAACUCGACACUAAACCCAUUUCUUUAUUGUUGGAAGUUAAGGGAUGUGCGACAGGCUGUGAAGGAAACAAUCAGGCAGAAUUUUUGCUGUUAGUUGCUUAUCUGCCUGAAGAAUUUUCAUAAAAUAAUGUAGGUUUUGUGUCUGCCAAGAACUUUCGAAGUGUCCAUUAAUUAUUGCUUUAGUGCAAGGUAUUGGAACACAGACUCAGGUAACUUGUGAAUUUUAUUUUGCGAUAAAGCAUAGUACUAUCAAUCAUUUUAACUCGCGUGCUAUCAGUCAACUCCAGUUGAUUGACGGAUGUGCACGACACAGCAUCGCCCGAAACAAAGAAUUUUUUAGUUCUUGUUCUAAAGAUAAAAAUUGUCACUUGCUGCAACGGCUCCUAAGUUAAUAUCGAGAAAAUAAUUCUUUCUGUAUUAAAAACUGUGAAAUAAUUUAUUUUCUAACAAAAUGUUAUUGGCUGAUGCGAAGAAGUUAACCGAUAUGUUCUGUAUUACGCGCCACCUGCUUCCUUUCGACAAUCUUCUUUAGUUAGCUCUUGAAGUGUACGUUCGUUAAAAAAAUUUAGUCGCAGCAAAAAACAAAAGCUGUUCCCAGGUUCGUCUAUUCUAUCUUUAUCUCCACUAUCUCCACUAUAUUCAUUCAUUAUUGUGUGCGAACAUUUAGUUGCAAGCAUUUUCUGUCGGAGAAGUGUACUGGUAGGUUCCAGAGCAGCAAAGUACAAGAUGAUUGUUACCUUACCUAAACAAAUGCUAAACUGAACGUUUGAUGAGACUCAGUCCGUACUCUACUUUCCUUUCAUUUCCCAAGGUCGUGAUGAAAGAUCUCGUAACACAGAAUUUCUUUAGAGUGACUAGAAUCUCUUUUUUGAUCCACUAAAACCUUUAAAUCAAACAUUCAGGUCACUAGAGUAAAGGAAACUACCGCCAACGAAAGAAGCUCUUCAGUGUUUGUUGAACUCCUUGUCAGCCCUUUGGGAAAACUCUUGAAAACAUUGUGGAGCAAUUGUGAUGUUAGGUUAUUCAUUUUAAGCUCGUCUGCUUUAAACGUUUUUCUACUAAAAUAGAGAAGAAAUAGCUGAGACAUCAAUUCUUAAUGAUUCUGAUGCAUUUAUAAACUAAAUAAGAUACAUGAAAAAAUUACUCAGUUCAGAUAGGUUAAGAUAAAUGUAGUUUUCAGGUAAAUCAAUGCAGAAGUAGGUUAAUUUAGUGCAAGGAAGUAACAAAGCAGACUGAACAAUUCCUUGAACUGCUGAGCCAGAAUUUGAACUUUUUUGCGCCUUAAAGAUGUGAAAAUAUUAUUGUAUAUUAAUGUUUUGAUCGAACGCGGUUGUUUUGACCGAACGCACAAUUUACUCGCAGAGUUUGAAUAGAUUAUUUUUGCACUUGCACGCCCUUUGCUUCUGCAUAAUUAUGAUAAGCUAUCUCGAAUUUUUCAUUUAUAUUUUUAAUACGUAAUCAUAUGAUUUUCUCGUGCAAUUUGGACUAAAUAAGCACUUGUAAAUUUUUUCAAAGACCACAAAUUGCACUCGCUCUACAAGCUCGUGAAAUUUUGUUGGUCUUUGAAAAAAUUUACCCGUGCUUAUUUAUUCCAAAUUGCACUUGAAAUCAUGUGAUUACCUUUACUUAAAGAGCGUAUUGUCCCUUGUGCGCUUUACGGACUGCAGAUUAGUUUUUUUGUGAGGAACUUUUGGAAUUAUCCCCAAUUUUUUAAAGUUUUUGAGACAAGCCUUCCCUACGAAAUCGGGAGCUACGUUCCCUACUCUUUGGGUUUUUAACGUCCCAGCUAACCUGUACAGUAAAAAUGCACGAGCUAGGACCUACGGUUUGUCAUCCUUAUCCGACAAGAUUAUAGAACGUCUAACCAGUUGCAGAAGACAAAGCUUUAUGAGAGCAUGUUUAUUUUUAGACUCUGAGUAUUGGUACGAUCUGGGGCUUGAACUUUCCGCACGCCAGUGUUGCGCUCUACAACCUGAGCUAACCAGGCGGCACAUAUAUAAAAAAGUCAAGUAAUUAUUAGAGUGUGUAACAGAAUAGAAUUUAUCUGUCCAAUUCCCAUAUUGAGAUCCUAAUUGGGGUUAUCGGGAUACGGGAUACAUGGUUAAUAAUUAUAGGGAUACGGGAUACUUCGGGAAAAAAAAAUUUCGAGUUACGGAUAUUGAAAGUAUGGAUUCAUGGAUAUCGUACCAAAAUUGUAGGGAUACAAGCUACAGGAAUUAAUGGAAUAUGGGAUCUUUAGGCCGUAAUAGGGUACGGGAUCUUCAGACCCCCCUCCCUCCUCCCUUCCCCCCCUAAAAUGGCCAGGGCCCCUAUGGAUACCAGCCUCCUUGCUAAAUGGGCUACCCUGGUUAAAUAAAGUCAUUUAUUUACUUGCUAUUUGUUGUCAAUAUACAAAUGGGAGCUUGAAUGAAAACGCGGCAUCCAGGUUGAGAAAGGCAAUAAAAAAGGCCUCCUGCUGCUUUGGUGGUCGAACGCGAGCUCAGGGGGUACUCAACGUAAUAGGCAAUUUGAUUUGACUCUCCAUUGUUGAGGUAGCAAUAAUAAAACAGACAAUUCAUAGGGGUAGAACCCGGGUUAGAUGUCAUUUUUUUGCUUAGCAUCGAGGGCUGCUUAGUUGAAUGUUAACACUAAGAGGCACUUAUUUAGCAGUUUUGCUUUGCCUUCUUACUUCGGUGUUUUGCUACACAAGUAUAUUCUGCACACUCCGUAAAGUGCUGUUCCAUUUUCAAAAUCACUCACAGGGUCCAACAAGUUCUCUGAAAAUAGCAAGAUUCAAAACGGCGGUGUAUGGUGUAGUGCAGUUUCAAGUGAUUUUAGUCGGUUGCUAUUUACUUUAUGGUGAAUUAGCGCUUUGUGGUUUAACAAGGGAAUGA